AUGCAGCAUCUCGAAGACAUGGCUCCAAGGGGCAAUGCAGAAUACCGCAAACCGAAGUACCUGAGAUUCGAGCUAGGCCAACAUAUUGGCAUCUUCUUUGAGGAAAAGCUUUACACCCAAGCCUUGAACCUUCUCUUCAAUACCCUCGCGUCUGGAAGCUAUGCCUCACCGGACUGCAUCAUUCCGUUACCGCCACAUCUCGCAAUCGCUGUAACCUUCCUAGUCCAUCCGACCACCACAACACGGGCUACGUCCUCGGAGGAACAACACGCCGCGCACGUCGCCUUGCGACUCUUGCGUCUUCUCGGCACGCUCGUGAGUCCUCGAGAAGCGAAGCUGAACACUGCCUUUGCCUUCACCCAUGAUCAAUUCACACGCUCCGGUAGACGCAUCCAUGACGAGGAUGGUUUCAAUAACCCUCGAACCGGGGAGAACAGAUCGUUAGGAGUGAAGAUUGGGGAAGAGGAAUCUCUCUGGUCUCGUGCCGAGGACUUUUGGCAUGCCGUUGGCUGGUCAUUCAAUUGCUCCAUGCUACACCCUGAGCGAUGGGAACGAUGGCAGAUUUGGCUCGAGUACAUGUGCGAUGUACUAUUAGAUGAUUGGGACGAACGAGAGUUUAUCUUCAAACAGAGACAAGCGGAAUCCAAAGUAGUAUCACAGGAAACUACACCGCUAGCUCCAAAGAAAGAAACUGUCUCACAGAAAGAGCGGAACAAGGCAGCUCGUGAGAAGCGCUAUGAGGAUACGGCAAUCCUCCGCGAGAGUUUACUAUUCCAGUACAUAUCUGCAGGUGAGGGGUAUGGAAAGCAUCGGAGAAUCAUGAGAGCUGUCUUUGCAGAUGGAAGCUCGCAUUCGGUGAAUGAAUUCCGCCAAAUUUUCCCGAAAGAACUCAAACCUGCCAAGUCUGAUCGCAAACCCGAAAAGGCAAAAAAGAGGGAGCGGGAUGUCAACAUCGACCAAGAGGAAUAUGGCGACUACCUCGCCCAGGAUGAUACAGAUGAUGGGGCCACUACCGGUGCCGAGCAAGACAAGCCUCCAGGUCUGGGCUCCAGGCGCUCAAAGCGUACGAGGAGAGGCACCCGGAAGGCAAAGGAUCCAUCCGGCAAUGAGUCUGUCGAUGGAACUGCAGGGCCAGGUAUAGCACUGGCACAACAUGAUGUCGGGGUUUCGCCCAUGGGUGCCCUUGACUCUCUCGACCUGCGCAAAAGACUUAUGUUCCUUUUAUCCAGGGUGUCUCAACAAAUCCCUGAAGAAUUCUUGUCCAUCCUCGAUCUCUAUCAUUUGUUCGUCGAGCAAAUUCGCCAUCUGCCCUUACCCACGUUCCAAGCUUUCAUCAGUCCCUACAUCUUGCCAGGGCUAGCACAGAAUCUUCGAAAAGACCCUGGUUCCGAUGAAAACCAAACACCAUGUGAGGAGCAGACAUGGAGAGAAGUGCAAGGAUCCGAUGCCGAGGCUACUACGUUAUGUGAGCUUCUGCUAUUCAGCAUGCUCGAAAGUGCCGCCCCUCAAACUGGAGAGGAAUAUCUGGAUCAGAAUAAGCUGGAAAAGUGCUUCCUACCAUUUGCAGCAGCAAACGCUAGUGUUGUUGACAACGCCAAAAUUUCUAUUCUCCUGGAAGCGCUUCUUGUUUUAUUGGCAGGUAGCGGUGGAUUAGUUCUCCGACCUUCACUGCAAGAGGCUGUUCAAGUUGGAAUAAAGCACCGAGUGGACCGGGGCUUUGAGGAGAUCCGGCGCGGCCAGGCGAAGAAGCAGAAAGAGCCGUUGGAAUGGUCCUGGCUUAUAGAAAGCGGCCAUAGACUUCUUCUCCUGCUGGAGGUUCUGCAGGUCCAGAGCACCGGACCCAGCUGA